AAAAGUUGUCGGAAGCUUGGUGAUGUUGAAGUCGAGCGACUGUGGUGUUUGUUUAUAGCAUACGGUUAGCUGUUUAUUUCUGGCCAUUGUAUUUAGCCUUCAAUCUUCAUAAAAGUUGUGUUCAUUUGUGAAAAUUAUCUUGAUGGACAAAAUGUGUCAUUAUUGUAAACUUUUGUUGAUUAUAGAGCUUAUUUUUUGCAAUAAUCCAAAAGCCUGUCGGAAAAUCCUAUUGGGUUUUUGUCGAGGGAACCAGUGUAAUGCUAACUUCUGGGUUCCGGUACAAAAUGGCAUGCACCACUCUAUUGGGUGAUUUGGCUGCGUACUCUCCUCCUGUAAACACUGUUGAUGCCUUUUCUGCAUAGGCCUGAACUGUUUUUCAUUUGGUUGAUGGCAUUUUUAUUUUAUAUAUCUUAUAUCUUAUAUUUUGGUUACAAUUUUAUUUAUGUUUUGCUUCUAUGAGAUGAUGCACUUUAAGGAUCAGGCUAAUUUGAUGCAAAGAUUUGUACAUUAGCAAGAAUGUAGCACAACAUGGAGAUGAAAGCAACGGUCUGUUUAUUUAAAUGUGAAAGUGCAAUAAAAAUAUGUUGUCCCUAAAAUCAAUGAAUAAUCGUGAUAAAUAAUCAUGAUUAUCAUUUUAGCCAUAAUCGUGCAGCCCUACUUCAAACCUGUACUUAGCGGGGUCCACUUAUGAUCCGAUGAGUACGCUUGUUAACGCCAGGUUUGAAUGGGGCCAAAAAGAGAGUGAAGCUGCACUUUCUUAGCAGCAUAUUGAGAAUUGCAAUUCAUGUCAUACCUGAGUGUGUUUUCUGUGUGGGUUGAUGCCGUUCUGUGGCAGGUGAAUUAAAAAAAUGCGGGCGUAUUCUUGAGUGAAUGCAGUUUUGACAGCAUUCAUGUUCUUGAGUGCCUCUUAACUAAAUUCACCCUCAGACAGAAGCCUCUUUGUAAAAGAAAGCUGUAUUGCUACACACAGCAAUGAUACUGUACUUUCUGAGGUAAAAUAAAUAAAUAAAUAAAUCAGGCAAAUGCACUUUUCAGGGACAACACUGGACACUGAAUGGCAUUGUUUAGCUACGUCUAACAAUCCAAAGCAAACCAGAGCAUCUUCUUUUUGUGCCUGAGGCAGAGCGAGAGAUAGAAAACUCAAAGUGCCCUCUCCCACUCCUAUUUUUAGGCUGUGGUGAAGGCUGUUCGUCCUCAGUGAAAGGUAGUGGAGUUAGAGCAGCUAGGAGGGGAAGAGCAGCAGCAUGCAAAGGAACUGUGAAUAGGCUUGUUUGUGGCCAAGCCCAGCCCCCAAGCUGGAGAUUGUCACCGAAGGGUUUUUCACAUGCAUCUCUGUAACGCCACACCACUUUGCCUCUUACCACUGAAACCUCACAUGCCUCAUCCACACCAAGGAGACCAAGCGGACAGAGAAAGCUAAAGAGAAUGGUGUAAGCGCCACAGGCCCUGAGCCCAGCUACUUUGAGAUCCCAAGUAAAGACGGCCAGAUGGCAGAGGACAGUAUCCACGAGGUCCCAACCAAGGACACGGAGAGCAGCGCAGCAGCAGCAGCAGCAGCAGCAGCAGCAGCAGCAAAAGCUGCCCAAGCUAACACCUCCUUUACCAUUGAGUUUGAUAACACCUCUCCAGGCAAGGUGACCAUUAAGGAUCAUGUGUCACGUCCAAGAUCUAAAAAAUCUCAGCCAGGGAGUAAAGAGCUCAGCAGCCUGCAGGCAGCCAUAAUGGCCUCAGAGAGCAAAGUGGCCGACUGGCUGGCACACAACAAUCCUCCCAUGGUGAGGCGUGAGUCCACAGAGGAAGAUAGCAAAAGCAUUAAGAGUGAUGUACCUGUCCAUCUCAAGAGGCUGAAAGGCAGCAAGCACGAGGACGGCACCCAAAGCGACUCAGAGAAUGGCCUUGGUCUGCGUUUUGGCAGCCGACGCCACGCUGCUCUGGAGGAGCGCUUAAAGGCAGCUGGCCUCACACGUGCCAAAGUCACUGGGGCAGAGGGCUCGGGCUCCUCCAGCCGCACCGCCUUCACCAUUGAGUUCUUCGACGAGGAGAACCCACGCAAACGCCGCUCCUACUCCUUCUCCCAGACUGCACCACUUCUGGGAGCUAUGGCAGGAGAGGGACUGUGUCCGGCACCACCCUCCCAUCCUAAGGGCACUUCAUCAGCACUGGCGACGGUGGCACCUACAGCAGCACGGUUGCUGCAGAAGAAAAGGUCAGAGGACAAGACGUCAGUUCCCGGAGAUGAGACACAGAAGCAGGAUGACGAGCAGAGCGACAAAGGCACCUACACCAUCGAGCUAGAGAACCACAACCCUGAGGAGGAGGAGGCACGCCGCAUGAUUGAUAAAGUGUUCGGGGUGGAGAACCCUAAGGAUCCUGGUUGCCCAGUGCAACAGAAAACUAAGGACAGUAAGAAGGCCAGCAGCACUAAAGCUGAGGGCCUUUUGGAGGAAUCAGUUGCGGUUGGCAGUCCACACUGGGUUUCCCAGUGGGCCACUUUAGCUGCUAAUCACACAAGAACUGAUCCUGAAGGAUCCGGAGCAGAACCCACACACUUUGUCCAUCAAGAGCGAGAAGCUGAUGCAUUUGAGUCAGGUGUGUCUUUGAGGAGCACCGGCUCUGCAACCUCCAGCCAGGCAGAACGGAAGAGGAGGACACUGCCACAGCUCCCCACUGAGGAGAAGAGCAGGUUGGGGAAGUCCAUCUCCACCACAGGACUACGCUCUGAGAUUGGCGAGAAACAGGACACCGAACUCCAAGAAAAACAGCACAAAGGAGAUGGUGAAUGUGUUUCCACUCUCAACAAGAAGGACACUACAUGUGCGAAGACUAACCAAGUACAGACAGCCUCUUCCAAGCCUCCUGUACCUCCUGUUGGAGGUGUAGAGAAGCAGGGUGAGGAAUCUCGCAGGAGGCGUGCUGAGGACAGGAGCAAAGGGAGUGAUAGCGAGCGGAGCGGGAAGCCCCUAGUGCGUCAAGGCAGCUUUACUAUCGACAAGCCAAGUGCCAAUGUUCCACUUGAGCUUAUCCCACGCAUCAACCAACGGCAGUCUGGGGGCCGAGAGCGCAGUGACUCAGCUGGCAGCAUGGACACGGCCACCCUACUCAAGGACACCGAGGCUGUUAUGGCCUUUCUAGAGGCCAAGCUGCGGGAUGAGAAAAAGCUGGACCCAUCGCCACUCCCUGGCUACCCUCCAGGACGCUGUUUUUCCCCAGAGUUGGAUGCUGACACAAUUAAAGCAGCAGGCCGCACUGAAGUGCCACAGAAGCGCCGUUCUCUCAGCAGUCUGCACAGAGAGAAAAGCAACAUGAGCUCAGCUGGAAAGAGCACUAAUGCACGGGAGCGACUGGAGAGGAAAGCCAAGCCCAAGGCCUCAGAUGGGCGCCUGGAUACUCGUCACUCUGCCCAUACAAGUCAGAGGGCCCGCCAGCCCUCCAUGGACCUGACAGAUGAUGAGCAGACAUCCUCGUUGCCCAUUUCUGACAUACUCUCUGAUGACCAGGAGAAUGGGCGUAACCCUUUCACCUUCACUGAUGACUUGCUGCACUCCAAACUGGAUUCAUCUAAAGUUGCUAGAGCCGGUAAAUCCAGCAGGACACCCCAGGCCAGCACUGCCACUAUGGGCAAGCCUCAGUUGCCUCAGCCUCGGCCCACAAGAGCAUCUCUUCUGAGACGUGCUCGACUUGGAGACACAUCUGACACAGACCUGGCAGAUGCGGACCGGGUGUCAGUUGCAUCCGAAGUGUCCACAACCAGUUCCACAUCUAGGCCACCAUCAGGCAGGAAAGCACCAUCUCGCAUCGACAUGCUGGCGCAGCCCCGACGCACCAGGCUUGGGUCCAUGUCAGCGCGCAGCGACUCUGAAGCCACAGUGUCCCGCAGCACUACAUCAAGGAUAUCAUCUGAGACAGCUCUGAGAUUGGGAUUGCGCCCCACCAACCCAGCAGACAGCAAGCUGAACCCACGCCUUCGGGCAAACAGCGUCUCCAAGCUGACAGACACUAAAUCCAAGACCGCAUCAUCCAUCUCCAGUGCUCCAGCAGCCAGCAGCAGGUGGCGGCGACUUAAUACAGAAUAUGGCUCCACCUCUGAGGAUGAGUUUGGCUCGACCAGGAACUCCCCCAAAGCCGGGCGUCUGAGGCCAGGCGCUGCUUUGCGUACCAGUAGACUGAGCAACGCGGGCACAGUGACAACAAGCCCGGGCAGCAUCACCGUCAAACACAGGAUGAGGGAGCAGGAGGAGUACAUCAGAGACUGGACAGCCCACAGCGAAGAGAUUGCCAGGUUAUUCCCCUGUGUGCGCAGGAUCAGCCAGGACCUGGCCAAGGAUCUGGCCAUUCUGGCUCGGGAGAUCCAUGACGUGGCCGGCGAGAUCGACUCGGUCAGCUCCUCCGGCACAGCACCAAGCACCACGGUGAGCACGGCGGCCACAACGCCCGGCUCUGCCAUCGACACCAGGGAGGAGUUGGUAGACCGAGUUUUUGAUGAAAGUUUGAACUUUCGGAAGAUCCCCCCUGUGGUGCAGACCAAGACUCCAGAGAUGAACGGCCGGCCGGUGGAGCUGCGACCUCGAGCCCCGGACAGUCUGGAUCCCCAGAACGCAUUGCGCAGACGCACGUGGAACCGAGAUGAGGUCAGACCGGCCGUGCUAGACAGCUUGCUGCUGACAUCAGUCUCUCAGCUGUCCUCCAAAAUCCGCCAGUCUGUGGACAAAACAGCAGGCAAAAUCAAGAUUUUGUUCAAGGACAAGGACAGGAACUGGGACGACAUUGAGAGCAAACUGAGCUCAGAGAGUGAUAUACCACUUCUCAAAACCACUAACAAGGAAAUCUCAACAAUUCUAACAGAGCUGAAGAGGGUGGAAAAGCAAAUCCAAGCCAUAAAUAUCAUGGUAGACCCGGAUGGAACCCUCGAUGCUCUUACCAGUCUAGCCCUGGCGAGUCCGAUCAAAUCCAAACCCAAGGCCAGCAAUGGAGCCUCCAAACCCUCCUCCACCAUCUCCCCUAACCGAGAGCUCCCCAGCUCUGGACUGAGCCGUCCGCAAGCCAGUGGAGAGGCGAGCGCCAUUACUAACAAGUGAUAGACAGGAACCCUCAGAAUUGAGCAAACUGGACCUCUAAUACUUAAAUCUCUCUGAACUGAUAGACCUUUACCUGUACAUACUGUCUGUACCCCUCCCUUCCUGCACUCCAUUGGAAUGUCCAUCUUUCUCCACGUGAAGUUGCUGAACGUCACACCUGCGGAUUUGGACAGUGAUCUACAGCGCAACUCCACAAGCACACACAGCUGCUGGUGAAGAAGAGGUGAAAGGCCGUCAAUCGAAGGCUUGUUAUUGCUGGACUUCUUCCUCAUGUCUGUGUGUCUGAUGUUAGAACCAACUGCUUGUGUGUGCUGCACUCCCAUCCAAGCAUGAAGCAAGUGUACUUCUGUGAUUCAACUUCGACAAAAACAUUGCAGAGUGCCCGUCUUCUCUCCUCUGUAAGCAUUCUCUUCAGCGAAUACCAGCUUCUUACAAAGCGACUUUUGUGUCAGAAAUGAGAUUGUGUUGGUUUAAAAGAUAACUUUUCAAGAAGUGUUAAAGAUUAUGAAGUUAAACACGAACCAGCUUACCAAAGUAAGUCCAAUUCUACACGUGUACUCAACAACUGUAAAUUCCAUCCAGUUUAUUCAACUGAAGAAAUCUGAUUUCUUGAUUACCCAAAGUGCAUUUACGCCAUUAAAAUUAGCAUAGGUCAGCUCAGUGAUUUUGGCUCCAGUAUACGGAACAUUUACUGAAUUACUCAAUUUUCAUGCACUGAUUUAUUAUUAUUUUUGGUAACCUUUUAGACUAAAGGAUAAGUAGUAAACCUGGUAGAAGGUUCAAAAUAUAAAUAAAAUUUUAAAAAAUCGGCAAACGUCUGAUAUUUAGCCAUCGUUUUAUUUUCGCUCACAUUGGAAAGAGGCUUUUGGAAAAUAUGCAGUAUUACACAACGUAUUAGUGAAAUGCAACGUGGUUAUGUGUUGCACAUCUCUCAUUCGCUAAGAUCUCUGUGCUUUGUGCUACUGUGACCUGAGCCUUAGAUCAAACAGCCUUUAACGCAAGGCUCACUCACAUUCCGGAUACAUUACGGUCAGUCGAACGUGUUACGUUUU